CACCACCCACCUAGCCACGCUUCGUGCACCCAAAACGUCUGACACCACUCUGAUCGCUGCCUCGCUCACAAACACUUUCAAAAUCGUCUCCGAAUACAUCACUUUCCUCUCAUGACUUGAAUCAUCUCUCCUCUCCUGUAAUACACCUACAGUCUCGAUCGAUCUUCCCCCAUUGCGAACCUUGUCAUUGUUUCGGCAAAAUGCCGUCCUUCAAUUACAUCACUCCGUCGUACGGUGAAGCUGAAUCUGCGCAUGGGCUCAGAUCCAAUCUCUCAUCCGACCGUCCAUCCAACGGCACUAUGCCUUUCAAUGUUGAUCGCUUUACUCCUUUCGUGCCCAGUGGAAAUCGUCCUGCUUUCAACCUCGAUCGCCCGCAGCGCGCCACUACUUGGACCAACCCCUCUUCGAACUUUACCAACUUCUCCGUCACUCGUCCUAGAGGCUCACUUAUGAAUCCCGCGGUUCCGGAUUUCGUGCCCCAUGGACGCGGACUCGAUAGUCGUCCGGUCCCAGACAUUGAUCGCACUCAGCGUGUCACUCCGUGGACCAAUGUCUCUUCGAGCAAUGCUACAAACUCGAUUCAUCACAGCACUAGUCACAUCGCUUCCAAUACCAACGUCUCUAAUAUUGACCCCACUCCGAUGGGACACGGACUUGUUAGUCGUCCGGUCCUAAACAUUGAUCGCUCCCAGCGCGUUAGUCCAUGGAACUAUAUCUCUUCGAGCAAUACUUCUACAAACUCGAUUCAUCACAACACUAGUCACAUUACCUCUAAUAUCAACGUGUCUCAUACGAACCCCGCCCCGAACAAUUCUCAGAAUGGCUCUUCUCACCGCCCAUAUAAUGCGGUUGACACCUUUAGGUCCUUGUAUGUGCGUGAGCGUGCACGCUUCAAUGCCGAGCUUGCAGAUAUUCAGCGCCCUGUGACUACUCUCCCGUCUCCUGCACCAGCUUCAUCCCUUGAUAGUCGUCCCGUCCUUAACAUUGAUGGCUCUGAACGGGCUGCUCCUGAACGGGCUGCUCCUGAACGGGCUGCUCCUGAACAGGCUGCUCCCCCGACCAACCUUGCUCAAUCGUCUUCAGCCCAUUCUCUUGACAUCAAUCGCAGUGAGCGGGCUUCUUUAACCAACCUCACUCAAUCGUCUUCAGCUCCUUCUCUUGAUAUCAAUCGCAGUGAACAGGCUGCUCCCCCGACCAACCUAUUUCAUUCGUCUUCAGCUCCUUCUCUUGAUAUCAAUCGCAGUGAACGGGCUGCUCCCCCGACCAACCUAUUUCAAUCGUCUUCAGCUCCAACUUCAUUCUCAAAUCCACCUCUUAAUAGUCGUCUCGUUCUAACUAUUGAUCGCUCCCAGCGCGUCACGCCUUGGAGCAACCUUUCUUCGAGCAAUGGUUUAGCACACUCGACUGACUAUGGCACUAGUCGUGCUCCUAAGUCCAACAACAUCCCUCGUAUCAACUCUACUUUAUCGGCCCCAACUUCAUCAACUCCAGCUCAGUUAACUUCUUCGAUUGCGGGUCAGAAGCGGCGACUGGAAUUAUCUGAAGGCGAAGAAGAACGCCCCAGUAUACCUUUCUCCCUCCAAGCGACUCCUUACAGCUUGACAAUGGCCAGUGCCAAAAUUCCGACCACCCCUGAAAUUCGCCCACCCGGGAGAUGGCCCGGGGGGACCCCAAUCACUCCACGUCUUGUCGAUAGACAAAAUUCACGUCAGGAAGGUCCGUCCAGAAUGACGGCUAUCCGAAAUAUGUGGCAAAAUCGCCUCAUGCGCGUUGCCAACAACCGCAUGAUCCAGCGUGCAUCGCAGGCUGCUAGAUGGGCGGCUCAUCGCAACGUGUUGCAGAAUCGUAUGACGCGCGCUGUUUAUAACGGUGUGAUCCAGCAUGCACCUCAGGCUGCCAGACGGGCGGUCCAUGUUGUUGAUACUUUCAAGCGUCGCGUGCAGCAAAUUUUUCAGAGACCCGCUAGAAUCAGAAACGAGACUCCUGUUGAGCAAGUUCGUGCGGCUAUCAACAUUUGGGCAAAUCCUGACACCGACUUGGCCGUCGGCAAUGAGAUCAUAAGACCCGAGCCUAUGGAUAUCGAUUCGGCCGUCGAAAAUGUUACUGUUAUCAAUGAGACUAUGGAUGUCGGCACUGAGGCUGUCAGUAAUGAGGUCACGAAUACCGACUCGGGUAUCGUCAAUGACUCGGCUAUCGUCAAUAACUCGGCUACCGCCAGUAAGAAACGUGCCGCGCCUGACUCUGACGAAGCUGUGUCACCACCUAAACGCACUAAAGCGAGCAGCCGCAGGGUUCAAGGGGCUCUGAAAACGCAGUCGAAAGGGGAGAAGCGGCGAGCUGAGCAGAUCAGACCUCUGAAAUCUGCAUUGCGUCGCCCCUCCGGUGCGUCGAGCAAGCCGAAGCAAGCUGCCGACGAUGAAGUCGAUCAGGGUACUUCGAAGCCCCCGCGCAGAGUUCACUUUCCCCGCUGUCACGAAGUGACCGCGGAGCAUAUUUUGACGCCCAUAAAUGAAGCGCCCCGCCGCUACCGUAAUCUUUCAUAUGAUGAUCGGUACGAUGCGGCACCACCAAGUCUCGACCAUCUUCUCGAUGAUUUUGGGCGGAGUAUGGUGGAAAGCGUUAAGUCUGCCAGUCCCAAAGUGUGCCUCGUAGAACAGAAGGAGAACAAGGCACCUGCUAGCGAAGCGACCAUCAGCAAUCAGCUUCGCAGAAGUGCGCGGAUCAGAAAUGGAAAUGCGAAGGCUGAAAACUCCAGCAGCGCCAAUCAAGGUGCUUCUGCUAUGACUCCAAGGGACAGACAUGGACAGGAUCCCUUCAGACGUGAAGCUGAACAGUACCCGAUGGGGCGGGCUAUGUCAGCGGUGGAGAGCGAUACAGGAGGAGAAUCAGAAGAUCAGCCAGCAGGAAAUAAGUCAGCAGGUAAAAAGCCAGCAGGCAAAAAGCCAGGGAGGAGAAAGCCGGCACCCAGAGAGCCUCAAACUCCGAAACGUCGCUCGCCGGAAAAACGCGACCCUACCCCUGAACAUAACUAAAGAAUGGGUUCAACGUCUCGAAGAAGUCAUGGCCGGUCCACCGUCAA